AUGGUCAAUCUCGCGGAGGCUCAGAAGGUGUUCAACCUCGUGCAAGGCCUGAGCAAGCAGCAGCAGUUCGUCAAAUAUAUUAGCAACGCGGGUCUGCUUUCCGUGCUUCUCGAGUCGCUUACCAAGGGGAAUGGCGCCGGCGCAACGUUCCUCGUGCCGUCCCCCGACGCGCUGCAGUCGCUGCCGCCCGCGUCGCCGUAUUUUAACAACCCAUCGCUCGCGCGGACGACGCUGCGGUACCACAUGAUUCUGGGGAAACAAUUGGAUUACACGGCGCUCGUCGAGCGACCCGCGGAUACCGGCUUCCCCACGCUCGCCAAGGAGUCAGUCUUCAAGUCGGAUGAGAGCGCGUUCUUCACCGUGGUCUUCCGCUCUGGCAGCGGUCGCUCCACGUCCACGCUGCUCGCCCCCAACCUCGCCAAGACGGAAUUUUUCCAGAUACACCUCGUGGACUCGCUGCUCGUGCCCGAUGCCAUCCUGGCCUCCAUUCCCGCUGGCGGUGAUGGUGCAGGUGGGAGUGAUGGGAGUGAUGCUAGUGGUGGUGGUGGUGGUAGUGGCACUACUGGAAGCAGCAGCAGCAGCAGUGGAGGCAGCUCAUCUGGUGCUGGCAGUCCCUCUCCUCCUCCUGCUACUCCGUCAGUUCCUUCUCCUUGGGUUCCCUCUCCUUCCACUCCUUCUCCUUCCGUUCCUUCACCGCCUCCCCUCAACCCCUCACCGCCUACCACUGUCCCUUCGCCUCCUCCCGUCAACCCCUCGCCUCCUCCUCCUAGCCCUUCCCCACCUCCCCCAGAAUCUUCCCCCCCUCCUCCUGUCUCUUUGCCUGUCACUCCUGACUCCUCCUCACCAACCUCUCCUAUUGAAUCCCCUCCAGCCACACCCCCACCACCUUCUCCUUCCCUUCCCCCGCCUACCAACGAGUCAACCUCAUCCACAACACCACCAGCGCCCUGA